UCUUUGUGAGUUCAGACUGAUAGAGGAAAGAUGUCUGGCCGUGGGAAGGGAGGGAAAGGUCUGGGAAAAGGGGGAGCCAAGAGGCACCGCAAAGUCCUCCGAGAUAACAUCCAAGGCAUCACAAAGCCAGCCAUUCGCCGCUUGGCUCGCCGUGGAGGCGUCAAGCGUAUUUCGGGCUUGAUCUAUGAAGAAACCCGUGGAGUCCUGAAGGUCUUCCUGGAGAACGUGAUCCGUGAUGCCGUGACUUACACUGAGCACGCCAAGAGGAAGACGGUCACCGCCAUGGACGUGGUCUAUGCCCUCAAGCGCCAGGGCCGCACUCUGUACGGAUUCGGAGGCUGAAAGGCUUGUGCUGUGCUUCUAAGCAACACUCAAAAGGCCCUUUUUAGGGCCACCAACUUCUGCAAGAAAAGAGCGGUGUCCUGGACCUUCUUUUCCUUAUUUAAAAAUAAUCC